UAUUAAACUCGUGUCGCUGGAUCAAGUGACAGACCGAACUGAACACCGCUUCUCAAGAUGCGUCUCUUCUUCACUUUUAUAACCUGUAUUAUUGUCAUCAUCGCCGGUGCUGUGAGUGAUAAUGUGAUAGUAAAGGUGAGAAGAGGAGAAAACCUUACCCUCUCCGUCAACACAUCUGAACUGAAGAUUGUGAGUCGUUUAACAGUGAGAAAAGACGGGACGCAAGUUAUCUUUCGCUACUGUUCCCCUGACGAGCAAAACCAUGGCUGCAAACCAAUCAAACCUGAAAGAUUUUCACUCCGGAUCGGUAAUGAGAGCGUCUCCGUAACUGUUCCUGAUGCCAACACCAGCGACGAAGUAGUUUACGAUGUUGAAGUUAUCGAUAACAAACACAACAGGAUCCAUAAGAAGUUUACUGUUGCUUUGACCGGAUCACUGGAAACACCUAACAAACCCGAAGAGACUCCCUGGACAAUCAGACUAGAAUAUCUGAACAUAAUUGCUGUGGGCAUCGCAUUGUUGACUGCAGUUGUGAUUUUGGUCAUCAUAUUCAUCAACCGCCAAAAGAAGAAUCAAAAUACUGCUGAUGCUGGUGAUGGUGCAGAGGAUCCAGAGAUCAUUCCUCUCAGCUCAACCAGAGCAGCAAGUGAAGCCAUAGAUGGAUCCUUAGAGAUGGUGGACGAGACAAGGUGUUCUGUGGACAACAACAAUCAGCGGGAGGAAGGAAGAAAAGACCUGAACCAUGAGGACAGAGAAAGAGUGACAGACAAAACUGGAAGAACACGACAUUGUGUGGACUCACAAAACAACCACAAAGGUUGAGGCUGCCAUUUGAAGGCUGAAACAAUUAAUCAAUAUUAUUGACACACGCCGAAACACAAAAAAAUUGUCGACAAAUAUUUUUGUUGCUGAGUAGACGGUUGAUCUCAUAUGACCUAAUGAAAGAGCCUGCAGUAAUGCAGUUUGACCAAUGUGUGGCGCUGUAGCGCUAGACUGUAAUUCAGCCCUCAUGGAUGUUU